AUGGAGUCCGGCAGCUCCUUCUCGUCCAAAAUCUCCUACACCCAACUCAUGCUGGACCAAGGCGUCCUAACACAAGAAAUCAUCGACUUUCCAUACGAAGGCUCCGGCACCGAAGAAGAUCCCUAUGUCGUCGAAUGGAUAGACAACGAUCCACGGAACCCCAUCACCUGGAGAAGUACCAGGAAAUGGAUCUAUACGGGCGCCAUGGCGCUGGCCACAUUGGUAGUAGCGUUCUGCUCGUCGGCGUACUCAGGGGGCAUGCCCCAGGUCAUGGUGGAGCUUAAGGCGUCGCAGACGCUUACGACUGCGGGGAUGAGCUUGUUCGUUUUGGGGUUUGCGUUAGGGCCAUUGAUAUGGGCGCCGAUGUCCGAGUUGUAUGGUCGUCAAGUUGUGUUCUGUGGGACGUUUGCGGCCUUCACGGCUUUCAAUGCUGGGGCUGGGGGAUCGCAGAAUAUCCAGACGUUGCUUAUCCUGCGAUUCUUCGCUGGUGCCUUUGGCUCUAGCCCCCUCACCAACGCUGGAGGGGUGGUUGCGGAUAUGUUUACGGCGAAAGAGCGUGGCGUGGCCAUGGCGAUUUUCAGUAUGGCGCCCUUUAUGGGACCCGUCAUAGGGCCCAUUGUCUCCGGAUUUCUGGGGAUGACUGAAGGGUGGAGGUGGGUUGAGGGACUGAUGGCUAUCUUCUCCGGAGUCGUCGGAAUCUUGUGCGUCUUCCUUGUACCGGAAAGCUACGCGCCGGUUCUCCUGAGGAAGCGUGCGGCUGCCUUGUCCAGACACACUGGAAAGGUCUACCUAACUCGUGGCGAAAUCGAGCAGGGCAAGCUCACCGUGACCGAAGCGUUCUCGACGAAUUUGAAGAGGCCAUGGCUUCUCCUCUUCUGUGAACCGAUCGUCUUGAUUCUGAGCCUCUACAUGGCAAUCGUCUAUGGCAUCUUGUACCUCCUCUUUGGUGCUUUCCCCAUCGUCUACCGCGGCCGCGGUUGGAAUGAGGGUGUAGCUGGCCUUCCCUUCAUCGGCGUCGCUAUCGGGAUGUUCUUCGCCUUAGUUUUCGUCUUAACCUACGAUAACGUCCGGUACCAGAGAUGCAUCAAGAACUCUCCCAACGGUGUUGCAACCCCUGAAGAUCGUUUGCCGUCAGCAAUGGUCGGAGGCCUUGUGCUCCCCAUCGGCCUGUUCUGGUUCUCUUGGACAAACUCACCGUCUCUCCCCUGGCCGGCAAGUGUAGCAGCUGCGAUUCCCUUUGGGUUUGGAAUGCUUCUCGUUUUCCUAUCGCUGUUCAGCUAUCUCGUCGAUGCCUAUACUGUGUUUGCUGCGUCGGUGUUAGCUGGUAGCGGCGUACUUCGAUCGCUCUUCGGUGCUGCAUUCCCGCUGUUCACAUUCCAGAUGUAUCGGAACCUAGGCAUCCACUGGGCAUCAAUGAUUCCGGCGUUCUUGUCAGUUGCCUGCGCCGUCUUCCCCUUUAUCCUGUACAAGUACGGUGCAACAAUCCGCAAGAAAUGCAAGUAUGCCGCCGAAGCCGAAGCCUUCAUGGAGCGUAUGCGUGCCAGAGCCGCAGCUCUAGCAGCUGCCACCGCCGCCGAACCCGAGUCAGAAACGAGUUCAGGAACAGCAGCCGUCAAUGACCAGGACGCAGAUAACACAGAGCCAAGCUUUGAAGAAAUGAAGACGGCCCAGGAAGCACAGGGAGGCCUGGAGAGGACCACCACGGGCAGGUCACAUAGGUCACAGAGGAAGACCGCCACACUCGAGUAUGAGCCAAACCCGUACGACAUUGACCGGGUGAACACAAGAGAGAGCUUCGGGCCGGGUGGGAUACGGAGAUCGGACAGUCGGGCAAGUGGGGCGUGAAGCGGAGGCGCAGGUCCUGAGGAGGAUGGUCUAGAGCGUGGAGUAUGGUUGAAUGUGGAUAGACUAUCGGUAUUGUGAUACCUGAUGUCUUUUUGUAUUUACAAGUACCUUCAUACCUUUCGGCUCCUUUUCAGGAGUUGUACCGAAUAAUGUCUUUUCCUAUUCCCUACAUAUCGGAAUCCAUGCGAAUCACAUCUCAGACAGCACACACAAUCUCCUUUACGGAAGAAAAAUCGAAGGGCUUUGUCGGUGCGGCUGUGACGUGGAAGAUUGGAGCACGAUUUUGAGGCCCACUUAUCGUGGCAUAACUGUACGAUGCACGGAGAGGGACAUAACCAUGGCCGCUUGCAAGUUGUAUGGUCGGGCAGUGGCGAAGAGAUGAUGUAUUCAGUGGGAACCAGGUU